AUGUCGUCCGAAGUCGAUGGUACAAGUGACGUGACGCUGCUUUCCUGCGUGCACGGCCGCGACCGCCGUAGCCAGCGGGCAAUCGCAAAGCGGGAUUUGCAAGCAGCUAUCAAGUACGGCACCAAGGAGGCGUCUAUCAAGGACCGCUGGAAGUACACGUUUGCCAACAUUGUGUACAUCACGGACAAGACGAGCCGCCGAGAAAUCACCUCAUUCGUCCAGCGCGUCAAAGUGUCCAAGGUUACUCUAGAGGCCGACGCAUUGGUCCAGCACGAGCAACUCAAGGCGAGUUUGCAGUUGCAGCCGAACCUGUCGACGUCGCACACGGUGGUGGUCACCGACAUGAGUGGGUCCAUGCGCGAAGCCGACGUGGAGUCAUUUCGAUCGCGAUCGGACGCUGUGUUUGCUACGGUGGCGUUGGAUUUCGUGGGCAAACACCUCGACGACGGGAGCAGCAUCAACGGCACGGACGUGUUGACGCUGAUUGAAAUGCGGGACACAGCCACGACGGUGUUGUUUCGAGAGCCCAUCACGAACGUGCUGUUCAACAAGCUUGUAAGCCUGAAAAACAAGGCAAGGCCGUACUUUCACGGCAACUACCUGCCCGCGUUGGCAGCGGUCACGGACGCGUUGGUGCUCGACGAGGAUACAUCGUCUGCGAUCGCGGUGGUGUUUUUGUCGGACGGGCAACCGAGCGAUGCCACCAGCCCCUACGGGUUGGCCUUUGCGAUUCGAGAGUGUGUACGGUCUUGGGGGGAGAAAUUUGGCCAGCGAUUGCAUGUGUCGACGAUUGGCUUUGGCGCUCGUUAUGUCGACUUUUGUGUGCUGAAGGAUAUGGCGGUUGUGGCCACCGACGCCGGCGCCCACGGUAGCUUUACCAAUACGCAACUGAGUGCUCAUGGGUUAAGCUCGACGUUGACAGACCUUCGAUCGAGCCUCAGCGCCACCCGAACCAGUUUGAUCACCACUGGUCUGGACAGUCUUUCUAGCGGCAAUCAAGUGUUGCGCCAAGUGGCACGAAAAGUCCAGUUCAUGACGCUGACAAACGAUGUGUUGGAGGACGGCAAGUGGGAUAUUUACACGACAAGCGUGAAGAAAUUUCAGCUGAAUCCGACGCUCACUCGGCGCCACGGGAUGCACAAUUGGACGCCAGUGGCGAUGGCGGAGGGGAUUACUGGAAGGGCGAUGCGACAGAGUGUGUUUGGUGAGGGGGCCGAGCGCAUCGUGUACCAAUUUUGUCAAGUCCAACGCUCGUCGACGGGGGUGGCGACCGUUGUGCCUCCCAUGAUGGUGGCCAAGUAUUCUCGAUACGUGAUGAGUAAUUCCAAGGAAGAAAUGCACUUCCACGAAGUGUUUUGCCGCACGCAGCGCACGGCUGGAAAGUACGCGCAUCGGUUCAACGCUGACGUGGCGAAGAAGGCCAACAACGUGGCGACAAUCACGUUCCUCGAGUGCUCCGUGUACGUGCUUGACGGCAUGAGUGUGCUGGUGGAAACGAUGCUGCCCCAAGCCCAGUACAAAAAGUGGAAUGGCAACAAUGGCUAUGUGCAAGGGCAAAGCCAAGUGAAAGCGCCCAACGUUCACAAAUUGCUCCAAAGUUUGGGGAUUUCACAGCAACUCGAGCCCCCCCCCCUUGCCCGUGCCACAACGCAAUCUAUCAACAAACCAACCCUCGACCGAAUCGAAGAAGAGGAUGAGAGCAGCGACAGCGACUGCGACGACGAUGUAUGCCCCCCCAAUUUGACGGCGCCAGGCGCUGGUCAGCCACGGAACAACAACGUGACCAUUGCCGUGGAAGACGUCCCCCAAGCGUUUUCGCACUUUACGUACUUUAAGUCGAGACGUAAAGCGCUCGUAUGUGACCUGCAAGGCGUCCUCAAUACCAAAUCGACGCCCCCCGAGUUUCACCUGACUGAUCCUGUGAUCCACCACCGAGGCCAUGGAAAAGUGCGCAAGUAUGGCCGCACGGACCACGGCAUUGGCGGCAUGCAUCGGUUCUUUCAAACCCACGAGUGCAAUCGGUUGUGCGAAUUGCUGAACUUGCCCAAGUGCACGCGGGACCAACACGUGUCGUAA